AUGAGCUUGAAAGCUGCCAUCGGCCGCGCUUCCAUUUCACCGCCAAGCUCUGGUCGGUCUUCACCAGUGCCGCGUCGCCAAGUACGCGUGGCAGCGGAGAAGGAGAAGGACCUGUUCAAAGCCGACAAAGCACUGCGAAGAUAUGCCUCGAACAUCGACAGGGCCCUCGCUACGUGGGAGAUAUCUCCAGAGGAGUGGGCGGAUUACAUCGCCUUCUUGGCUCGACUCUUGAAGGCCGUUCAAACGCAUCCGCAGAAUGUGCCUCUUUUGCCUCACAGCAGUGCGAUUGCCACCCGACUCGCUCAAUGUCUGAACCCCGCACUGCCAGCUGGCGUUCAUCAGAAGUCCUUGGACGUCUAUUCAUACAUCUUCGACACAUUUGGCACCGACUUCAUCGCUGCUCAUCUCCGUGAAUUCCUGCCCGGUCUGACACCAGUCCUUUCAUUCGCAUCUUUGGCAGUGCGGCCUUUGCUUUACCAUCUCUUCCAAAGCCAUGUUGUCCACCUUCCAACGUCCGAUCUGAGACCUGCUCUUAGAUCGAUCAUAUUAGGACUUUUGCCAGCGCUUGAGGAGGGUCAAGGGGAAGACUUUGAGCGCGCUUUUGCCAUACUGAACACACUGCAGACCCGAUUCGCUCCAACAGCUGAAGAUGCAGUCGCAAGUAGAGACUCCGAUGGCUAUUUCUGGCAAUGCCUUUUCCUUGCUGUUGUAACAAGCCCUUCCAGAAGACAGGGAUCGCUCAAGUAUCUCGCGCGUCAGCUUCCCACAUUCGCGCGCUCUGCUGCUGCUGCUGCUGGGCAAGAAUCGAAGACACGACUGUCCCGCGAAGCCGAAUGUAUCGUCGCUCCCGAGCCAGGCUUGUUGAUCCGAUGCUUUGUCUGCGCACUUUCGGACUCGCAGAUCCUCGUGCAGCGGGAUUUUCUUGACCUCAUGGUUGCGAACCUGCCAUUGGAUUCUGUCGUGCUACAAGAGAAAGUAGUUUCCGAGGAUCUCGAUCGGCUGGUGCUAGCCGCGAUACAGGUCAUACUUCGAAGAGACAUGAGUCUCAAUCGUCGAUUGUGGAGCUGGUUUCUUGGUCCAGAACCGAAGGAACAGCCUGAAAGUGCUCAACCAUCCUCACCGCAACUCACGGUCAAGAAUUCCGAAGAGUCUCAUGCAAACCAGCAGCUGCGGUAUUUCACAAGAUAUGGCAAGGACAGUCUGGAACGAUGCAUCAUCCAGAUGCUCCAAAGUGCUGGAGACGAUGUAACACAAAAAUCCCGGCCUUUUAGGAUCUGCCUUGCCCUAAUGGAUCGAUGGGAGAUCGGAGGCCUGCUCGUUCCAAAGAUUUUCCUUCCAGCUAUGCGCAGCCUCCAUGAUUACAGCCUCGUCGCCAAUUCUACGGCCUCGGCCGAAGUAAUCAGAAGCGCCAGUGGAUUCUUUGACGGCGUCGAAGCCAGCCUAAUUUGGGAAUGUCUCUUGGAAAUUCUCCGCGAGGCGCUGGAGCAAGGCCGGUCACCAACACAUAACCUCAAGCUUUUUCGCUGGAUCAUCGACACCUUCAAUAUUCGUGAUGAAGAGAUGUUGACGGUCCAUAUACCUUACUCAAUGGCGUACAUGGCAAGUCACUUCAACUCACAGCCACUCUUGAGCGCUUCACGCCUCGCCAUGCUGAACAUCACCACAAGGCUGCUCACCCUCAUUCCAGCACGGGUGUUUCAAUCUAGGCCCAGCUCGUCACAUAAUCGCGACUCUCUGACCGAUUCGAAGAUUCAGAAGCUUGUCAGAGACCUUUACGAGAAUGCACAACACUUGAGCAACGACCAGGUGCCGCCACUCGUAAACUCGGCAGCAGAACUGUUAUGCUCUCGAAUCAGCCUUGUCGCCGCAUCAGCGCUCGAACAGUCCGGUGCAGACUUGUACUCUGGUGCUGUCUCAGCGAUGGCAGCACUACUAUCAAAGACUGAUGCCAGGACCUUGCAAGACCCAACACUGCGCAAGGCUCUUUUGAAUGCUUUCAGAUCGUCGACCACCGUAUCCUGCAACGUAUCAUUUCCAAUCUUGGCCUCUACGGUAUCACUCCUGACGAGCUUACAUCAGUUUGACACGGGAAAUCUCAUGGCCGAAGCGGAUAUUGUCCAGAUUGAGCCUGCUCUGACAGCUGGCAUCUGGCGAUACAUGUCUCCCUCAUUGCCGAAGUACCAUGUCGAAGCGGUCAAGGCUUUCUGGCAACUUGAGGAUUUAUUGGCCUCAAGCGAUACCUUUCAUGCCUCCGUUGCUAACCUCAUAAGAAGCACUCGGAAGAAUUCAUCGGCUCGAAACGCAGUAAAGCCUGAGACGAUUCAACGCUUUGCAGUACUAUGGGCACAUUCGAUAUCGCCGACCGUGGGAAGUGGAAGGCGAGGCAGCUCGAUGACGCCCUUACUACUCGUUCUUGAUGCGCUUGAGUAUCCAAACGAUCCUGCAUUUGAGGUUGCGAAAACCUGGCUCGCCCAUUUACCUUCGCUUGGCCGAGUAUUCGAAGUGAUCAUGGAGCGACUCUCUAGCAUCGAUCGGUACAUCGAACCAAACUUGGAGCCAGUCGAGCGUGUUCGCCAACGAUGGGGCCAUGACCGACUGCGGGAACUUGACUAUUACUUGAGUCUCGUGCAGAAUCUACUCACUCACGGGACACAGUGGACGUGGCAAUGCAUCUCAAAUACGGUCGUUGCAGAGUCCAGCAAAAGCGAAGGCAAUGCCAUUGAGGCAGUGGUUAGACACUGCAUGCGGAUUAUGUCUAGCGAAGAGCACCCUUCCGUCCAGCUCUAUCAGCGAGCUAUCUCCGUUAUGGGCUUAUUGCUCACAAGCUCCGCCGCCACAGAAUUGCAAAGCACGAAUCUUGACGCGCAGCUGCUCGAUAACUUGAUGAAGUGCAUCAAAGGCGAGAUGUACACCUUCCAAGGCGACAUGUUAAACUUGAUCCAUCGUGCCUUGAAGCUAGGACUUGCAAGUGCGGCAGCACGAGACUCCAAGGAAAUCUCACAACCUGUUCCGCCCGUUGCGAAACGGCCUUCGAUAGCGGCGACAUCUCGUCCGGACUCCCGCCCUGUUGCAAAAGAACCUAUGGUCAUCCCGCCGCCUCAGCUGUUCACGUGCCUACGAGCUGGCUUUGCAAGUCCCAAGGCUCGAAACUAUCUCGACAAAUGGCUUGCAUUCCUCGCAGACAUACUGCCUACCUUCGCAGAUGCCAUCUUCUCUAAUCUACUUCCGCUCGUUGAGACCUUUCUAGGCGAGCUCACGAAAUGUUAUGAUAGCUUAAUCGCGCUGUCCACAUCGACUGAUUCAAACAGCAUGGCCGCCCCGGAGACUGUCAUCAUGAGCCUCCUCGAAGGCUUGGAAAUGAUUCUCGACCGUGCCUACGACUGCCUCAUGCAAGAGACAGUGAGCGAGCCGGCACCAAAACAAAUCGAACCGCGUGCAGGUUUCCUUAGCAAUGUCACUUCCGGAGUCUUCAAAAGUGAAGGACCGCCAAGUCGCGUGACGACAGCCAACAGCCGACUCACAGUCAUCCUAGCAUUCCACGACGCUAUUCGAGUGACCUUGAGAAUGUGGCUGUGGGCCAGCGAUGUGUCUGACACUUCAGAUCUCGAUCAGCGCUGUUUGGCUACCACAGCCUACAACGCGCUAAAGGUCCGCAACAAGACUCGUCACUUGCUCCAGCACCUGUUCUCUCUUGAGCCAUUAGAGAGCUUGGAAGUCAUCAUAUUGCAUUGGUGCACCGCUCCCACUGACAGAGAAGCUUCUUCGGCGCUGAGUCUUCUGCAUGUCAUGCAAGUUUCUACACCCAAGAGCAUCGUCCCUGCUGUGCUCGAUGCUUUAUGCACGCGUACCAAUCCGUCGGCGAUAUCACAGGAUCGCCAUUCCAGCUUGACACUUGACAUCGAGCCUUCAAGGGUCGCUGCGUUCUUCUCCUCAUAUCUAGACUCGAUUGAGGACGAUGCACUGGACGAGGUAUGGCCCGAUUGCAUUGCUUUUCUUCGUGAUGUCCUUGCCAAUCCAUUGCCACAUCGUCAAGUCUUACCUCAUCUGCUGUCCACCAUCUUGCUCCUGGCCGAGAAGCUGAACAAUACGAACUUUGGAGAGCAACGCAAGAUGCGAAAGGACCUUGGGGACAUCUUCCAGAGGCUGCUGAGCGCGACGUUCACAACUUUGCCAUCUGGAUAUGUAGCGGACCCGGUCGCAGACAUGGCCCAUAACGGCGACAGUGUGGCGAGGACCAUCGCCCUAGAACGAUCAAUGACGCUCAUUCCGGUCCUGAGCCGCGUCGCCGCCAAACUGGACGUCAUCCUGGACAGCCCUGAGAAAAUGACCUAUGCGGUCAACAACAUAUCGCAGAACCUGGUGUCGCCAAUGUUUCACGCCAAGUCCUAUCCAAGAAAUGUCACAAAAGAACUGCUCGAGCUCAUCGUCAACUUGUCACGAAAGGUACCAACGGCCAAGGCGUGGAAGAAAGAGGUCACCGAUAGUUUCAACGAUCCCCGACUACUUGCAAAUUCGCCAGCUCUAAUGAAGGAAGCCUGGUUUCCAGUGCUUCAUCAAUGGUCGUUGCAUGAGAAGGAUCGUAUCCCAGAGCUUCUGUCUCGACUGGCACCUCCUUCAAGUGCCGGGAUCAUGUUCGGAGUGGGUGCCAGCGCUGCCAGGUUAGAAGCAGACCGGAAGACGCAAUUGAAUCUGCGACGUAUCUGCCUGCUGCUGCUUGCCUCUCCAGGGGACACAUACGUUGCGCAUGUGAGAAUCAUCGAGGAGAAGAUGUCUGAGCUGUUCGAGGCGAGUCCCGCAUCGUCGCCAUCUUCAGCCAUCAAGGCUGAGCUAUUCACGCUGUGCAGAGCGCUCGCGGUCUCGGUCAGCACCUUCCAGCUCGCGCCACUCUGGCCAAUCAUCAACGACAAAUUACAAACAGCUCUCAAUUCACUUCUGCCUAAUUCUACGACAGGCGAUGAGUUCAACAACUUGACACUCUUACAGGCGUGCAAGCUCCUGGACCUGCUGAUCACGCUAUCGCCGGAUGACUUCCAGCUCCAUGAGUGGCUGUACAUCAGCGAUACCAUUGAUGCGGUCUAUCAACCAGAAGACUGGACACCUACUGCCUUGGCUGACCAGGUUGCCGAAGUGCUUGGCUCAUCGAGUAUGGAAGACAGUUUGAUGCCAAGUACGUCGAGUGCAAAAUCUGCCAACCGGCGCAGAGCGCUUCUGGGUGAUACAGUGGACAAAGAGGACAUCAAGGCGAUGCCCAAAGAAGAUUUUGUGCGAGCAUCUCUACGACCAUUUCUCAGUCAAUUGAGCAUACACGCUUAUGAGGGUGUCUACAGUCUUGAUGUGCCAAGCACCGACGCUUUGAGAGAUGACUUGCUCACGGACCUGCUUGAUCUGGGCAGCAUUGUAGAAUAG